AUGCGCCGCGCACAAAGUGUCAGGCAUUAUGCUCGGCCGUCUCUGGCUCUCGGAGCGGACGAUCUGGGCAUGUUGAAAGAAUCACCAGACGAAUCUAUUGAGGACGUCCUACGACGCCAAUUACUUGAGAAGGACAGGGAGAACGACAAGCUGCAGACACAAAUUCAAACCCUGCAGGCUCAACUAGCCCAGCGACCACCUCUGGAAGCAGUUCAAGCAAUGCAGAAGGAACACACCAACCUAGAGAUUUUACUGCAGGGAACACAGCGCGAGAAUGAGCGGUGUAUGGCUGAAUUGGAGAGGGAAAGGACUCGCCAGAAAAUGUUGGAGAGAGAACUCGAGAGAUUGGCUGGAGCCAACUGGCAGGCAAACCUCGACAUCACAUCUUCAUCGGCCGUUCCUACCCGACAUCGCAGCGGGACUCAAUCAAGCAUUUUCGCCCAGGCUCAAGCAUCGAAACAAGAAGCCAGUACAACGCAGAUCGAACAGGUCCGCCUAUUGAUCCUUGGCAUGGAACAACGGUUGCAGUCGCGCGAGGAGAAGCUCCUCCAAACCGUCGAGCAUGCCGAGGCGGAGGGCUCGCGCUUCGAAGAAAUGCGGAAGCAGGCGUUGACCGCCUGA